CUACCGUACCUUCUACUACAUCUACACUGGGAAUCCUGGAAAGUUUUAUUUAACUAGAAGUGUUCAAUACAUAUGUUUAUGCUUUCACAGCGCCAGGACGAAAACAUUCAACAUUCCCUCCCAAACGUCGCAAUGUAGCUUGUUUGCGUUAGAACGAUAACGUAAACUAGCCAUCUGUUGAUACGAGGAGCAUUUGUGUUUACAUAUACCGAGCGUAGCUAGGCUAGCUGCUAGUUUGCCAUGCUAAUCAUAAACGUAACGGUCUGUUGAUGGACUAAUGUAGUUGUGGGUGUUCUUUACCUUUCAAAACAUUCACACAAGUUGGAACUGUUGCAACUCAAAGCUAACCUCAGCAAGUCUAGACAAGUUGUUGAUUAGCAUGGACUCAUCAUUAAUCUGAUGUUUGAGAACCGAAGAUGUGGUCUGUUUGAAGGAUCUGCUUGACGGAGCUCAGUCUGCACAGUGGGACAGAAACUGAGUCAGUCAGAAGGACAUGAGGACAGAGGUGGGUAUGAGCAGAAGACUCCAGAUAGCUUGACCUUACAAGACCUGCAGACACCUGAUGUUCCUCCAUCCCAGUGGUGCUGUGUUUGCCAGGAGAGGCCUCUCAGUGGGACGGCUGAGAGACGGGCUGUUGCUGGCAGUCCCAGCCCACCGUCCUCCAACUCUCAGUCUGCCUCCUUCAAGGCCUGGUCAGUAGGGAUGGAGUCUUUUUCUACAAGGAGGAAGGGGGAGCUGUGUGCGUCAGGAGAACGCCUGUCUGUCUGUGCAGGAUGAACAAAUGCAGCUCAUCAGCGACCUCGAUGCGAUGCAGUAUGAAUUUGCCACCUCCAAGUCGCAGGUCUGCCUAAGAGGCCCCAGGCUGGGGGUUAAAAACAGUGUAGCAGUCAUGAGUGAGCAGAUUCAUCAGCUUCAAGCAGAGCUGGAGACUCAAGCGACAGAACUAAAGGCCGCAGAGCUGAGGGCAGACUGUAGCGUGGAAGCAGCAGCUCACAGUGACAUUUUGGUGGCGACUCUCACUGAGGAGCUGAGCACGCUCAGAGAAGAGCUGGACACCAAGACAGCACUUUGCAAACGGGCUGAGCAGCAAAGGAACCAAGCACUUCAAAAUGCAGAGAAACUCAAAGAAGCUUUCAAAGAUUAUAAAGCAACCGUUUCCAUUAAACUUAAGAGGGUGAUGGAGAAUGAGAGCAAACUAAAAGAGAGUCUUAUUGAGUGUGACAGAGAAAAAGAGGAGUUGGAAAUGAAGUGCACUGUGUUGGAGCGAGGAAAGGUCGAACACAGCCAAACAAUUAGCCAGCUGGAGGAGGAGGGGAGGCAAGCCAAGUCUGCAGCUGCUGGUCUCCAGGCUCAGCUGGAGGAGGCCGGACGAAAGGCCUUUCAUCUAGAACGGCAGCUUACGGAGCGCAGCACGGAGUUCAGGGAGCUGGCCUCACUGCAGAAGGAGCUGGAAAACCUGCGAACUCUGACCCAGAACCAGGAGCAGAGCAUGGCCCAGAGCCACAGAGAGGCCCAGCAGAGCCAGGCAGAGCUGGCCAGCCUGGGCGCCACGCUGGCCCUGCUGCAUCUACGAGAGGGUGCUGUGGGGACGCUGUGUGUCAGGCCCUGCAUGUUUCCCCCAGUGGACUCUUCAGGAACGGUGCACAUACUGAAGCUGAAGCCAGGUGAAGGCUACCAGCAGCUGCUGCGAGUGCUGCAGUCAAUGGAGACUGAGCGCAGCAGACAGAACAUUGUGGCCGAGCGGCUCCAGGAGCGUCUGAGCAGAGCCCAGGAGGAGAUCUCCUCCCUGCAGAGCUCCAUGGCCCAGAGAGCCUCUCACUACCAGAGCCUCCACACGGAGCUGCUGGACCAAGUCAGCCAAGCCACUGACAAAGAGAAAGAGUUGAAAAGAAAAAGUGCACGUGUGGCUUCGCUGGAGAAACAGUUACAGGAGAAAACCUCUGCCUACAGUCAGUCUGCACUGACGAGCACCGAGCUGCACAAUCAGCUUCUGGAGAAAAGCGGCACACUCCAGCAUUACCAGUCACUGAUGACCAAAAAGCAAAGAGAGUACCAGCAGUCUUUGGAGAAAUGUAAAACAUCUCACUCUCAACAAUUCACGGAGCAACAGCACAGAAUAGAAAUGCUGCAGCUGUCUGUGGAGGAGGCUCGGUGUCGGGUGUUGGAGAUGGAGCAGAUGCAGAGCUCCCUGCAGAGGGAGCGAGACGAGGCUCAGACAGCUACUCUGCUGCUGCAGAGCUCCUUCAACCAACUCACGCAGCAGAGGCAGGUUGAAGUGAGACACAACGAGGAAUUGCUGCAGAGUUUCAAAGAGCAGACGGAUCAGUCUGCCACCAAGGUGUGUGAACUGCAGUCGUCUCUGUCAGCGUGUAGAGAGGAGCUGAACUUCUACCUGCAGCAGAUGGAGGAGGUAAAGAAGAACUAUGAGAGUGAGCUGCAGAAGCACAAAGACAAGGUGUCCUCUCUGCAGGAGAAGCUCCACGCUGCCAGGAUGGUUUGUCAGAGCUCCAGUGAGCAGAACCUGCAGCUGCAGCUUUCUCUGCAGCAGCAGCAGACCAUGCUGACUGAGAGCACUGCUCACAUGUCUGAACUGGAGGAGAGUCAGAGCCAGCUGCAGAAACAGGUGUCCAGUCUGGAGCAGCAGCUGGAACGAGCCCGGGCCUCUCUGCAGGCUGAGGGGAGGAACAGAGAGCAGGACGCUCGGGAGAAGGACGAGGACCUGCAGCAGAUGAACCAGCAGAACACACAACUGUCCGAGUCUUUCGGCCAUUUAAAAUCAGAGAUGACAAAGUGUCGAGGGGAGCUGGUGUCUAAAGACUCGGAGCUGCGGUGUCUGAAGAGGGACGUCAGCGCCAACACUUCUCAGAUCAGCCGCAUGGACGAAAGCCUGCAGCACUUGAGGAGCCAGCUGGACGCCAAGAGUGACAUGGUGAUGGAUCUGGAGGAGAAGCUCCAUCUCUGUGAGGCCGACAGGCUCAACUGUGUCCAGCGGGUCCAGGUCCUGGAGGGACAGCUGCAGGCGGUGCGGGGAGAGUUGGCCGAGACUCUGGAGCAACUACGGGAACUCCAGGAUGUUCUACAAAGAACCCAAACCACCGCAGAGGAGCGGCAAGCCUCGGUGGAGAAACUGACCAUCCAACUUAGUGAGACCCAGAGGGAGUUGGAGGAGAGAACUCACGAGGUCUUAGACAUGGACACUGCACUGAAGGAGAGACAGGGGGAGCUCCAACAGAGAGCACAGCUGCUGGGACAUCUGGAAGUUGCCAUCAGAGAGCACAAGCAGGAGAUGGAGAGGAAGGUGGAGUCUUUGCAGCAGAGCCUGGAGGCCAGAGAGAGAGAGCUGAGAGACACACAGAGGGAGCUCACAGACAGAAACAUGAAGGAGUCCCAGGAGCACGAUCAGCAGCUGCGUGUGUGUCAGCAAAAACUUCACACUUUACAGAAGAAACUUGAAGAAACUCAACGUCACUGUGAGGCUUUGACCAGAGAGUUAGACGCUGCCAAGCUGCAGACCAGAGACAAGGAGGUCCGGCUGCGCGGUGUGGAGGAGGAGCUGGCUCUGAAGGAGGAGAGCUGGCUGCAGUUGGAGGCCGGGCUGCAGUGCACGGUCACCUCUUUGGAGCAGGAGCUGGAGCUGGAGAGGGAGCAGCACAGCAAGGAGCUGGAGUCCCUGCAGCAGACUCGAGGCCAGCUCCUCAAAGUCUCCUCCCAGAUCUCCUCCACCAUGCUCUCCUCCCAGGAGCAGCUCGCCGCUAAACUUCAGCAGAGCCAGAACCAACUCGAGCAAGCCAGAACCCAGCUGGACCAAACUAAGAAUGAGUUGGAUCGUGCGCGCAACCAAGUCAGUCACCUCCAAACACAGAGAGACCAGACGCAGACGCAGCUCCUUCAGAUUAAAACCCAACUGGAUCAAAGCAGGAUUGUGUAUGAGCAGACCCGAGCCCAGAAUAGUCUCCUCCAUGCCCAGCUGGAGCAGCUCAGCGCCCAGUUAAAUCAAUCCAGAGUCCAGGCCGCCCAGCUCCAGACGCAGCUGCUGUCCUCCAAGAAGUCCAUGGACAGCUCUAGCGAGUCCCUGCUCAUCAAGGAGUCUGAGGUGACCCGUCUCCAAGCCAGGAUCUCCAGCCUGGAGCGAGCUGCUGCCCGCCAGCAUCAUCUGUACAGUCACACACUCUCCCUCCCUGCUCUGCACACAUUCACACACUCCCCAGAGAGCUCCUCCUCUGCUCACUCCCCUUCUUCCUCCCCCCAGAAGCUUCAAACAACUCUCCUCUCUUCUCAACACGCUCACUCGCCUCGCCUCCUCUCCCCAACACACACACAAACUUGCUCAUCACCCCCUGCUCACACAUACCUUCCCCCCGCCUCAGCCCCUCAUGUGUCUAACCAAACAUGCGACUGGCUUAGCAGCAGUAUCGACUCCUCCCUGGAUCUUCCUCUGAGCCUGAAGGCCACACUGAGGGAGGCCUUGAGCAUGCAUCCGUGGGAGUCUUCCUCCCCCUCUGUCUCCUCCUUCCCGGGAACAGUGGACCAAAGCUGGCAGGGCCUCAGCGCCAUGGAGGCCACAGCGACCUCUGACCUCUCCUUCAACCCCCUCACAUACAUGGUGGACAAGCAAGAUGACAGAAACCUCAACAUGGAAGCUACCUUGAUGCCAGAGGGAGACGACGGGCAGACGAGCGAGUCCAGGAGGGAGUCUGUGUCCACUCUGGUGGCUGAGGAAGAAGAGGAUAUGAGUUCACUGACGGGGAUGCUGAGGUUUGUUAAUCAGACAUUAGCCAUGCAGGAGGACCCUUCGUUAUGGAGCUCCACAGGGCUGUCACAGAGCGGACACAGACUCGCACUCCAGAGGGACGUCAAGGAGAUGUGAAGCUGUGUUGCCAAGGAGACGUCAGAGAGGACAGCUGUUUGCGCUGGUGUCCUCCUCGUGUCCGUGUAAUGGACAUCUCGUGGUGUGUUAUCGAAAUCAAGCUGUCAGGGAAAAGAUAAAUGUUGAGUCUAGAGGACCUCUACGUUCCAGUCUGUGAAUGAUCUUCUUUCAUACAGUAUAAAUGUAGCAUCUUUUUUUCUUACCGAUAUUUAUAUAUUUUUUACACAAUUUGAAAUAAGAUGGUGAAUAAAAGUAUUUGUAUUUGUCUA